AUGUUGCAGCCUAAGAGGACGAAAUACCGCAAGAUGGGACGAGGCAAGCGCCGGGGUCUGGCGACUACCGGGAGCACGGUGGAGUUCGGAGAAAUCGGCUUGAAGGCAUUGCGCCCCGAUUGGAUCACCGCACGCCAGAUCGAGUCCGCCCGUAUCGCGAUUACGCGUCACCUGCAGCGCGGCGGCCGCACGUAUAUCCGCAUCUUUCCGGAUAAGCCGGUAUCCAAGAAACCGGCCGAAGUCCGCAUGGGCGGCGGCAAGGCGGCCAACGACCAUUGGGUCGCGGUGGUCAAGCCAGGCCGCAUCAUGUUUGAAGUCGGCGGCGUACCCCUCGACCAGGCUGCAGAAGCCCUGGAGAAGGCCUCGCACAAGCUGCCCAUUCCCACCAAGGUCGUUUACCGCGACCGGGUGAACUCGCUGCUCACCGGCUGA